AUGGGCGGCGAUCCGGUUAAAGGUAAAAAACUGUUCAUGAAACUGUGUGUUUCUUGUCAUACCACGGAAAAAGAUGGUAAACAUAAAAUAGGUCCCAACCUACAUGGCAUUAUAGGGAAAACAUCUGGAACUGCUCCAGGUUUUAAUUUUACAGAAACCAUGAAGGAUAAAGCCGUUGUAUGGGAUGAGAAGACUUUAAAUGAUUAUCUCGAAUUUCCCAAAAAAUUUGUUCCAGGAACAAAAAUGGCAUUUUAUGGUCUUAAGAAGGCCGAAGAUCGAAGCGAUUUAAUUGCCUUUUUAGCUACUUUGAAAUAA